CUCUCAUCCAUUUCUCUCUCUAGAAUCGAUAAAGCAAACCAGAAUCACUCAAAUCUAUAAAGAAAACCAACAAUCCUAGCCAUGCAGCAAACAAAAAAGAAAACCUCAAAGUGCUCUCACAUACAUGCACCACUAUUAGAGAGAGAGAUGAGUAGUACUAGCGAGUUCCUGAAGGCGUUUCUCCGGCUGCUCUUCUUGCUAGGAGUCGUUCGGUUCUUGAUCGUUGGGGCUAGUGGUCGUGGAGCCGGUGUACGGAAAACGAAGGACGGUGCUACCGGACUAGCCAACGGUGGACGUCGGGCCGGUGUAAAUGUGAAUUUGCAUGUUGAUCAUGGGGAGGUGAGUGCGGGGUUAGGGAGGAGGACGGAUAGGGUUCUUUCAAAGGUUGAAAUCAACUACAUGAGCAAAAGGAGGGUUCCUAAUGGCCCUGACCCCAUUCAUAACAGGUGUGUCUGUGGUUUUCAAUCUCCUUUACAUACUCAUAUUUCCUUGACAUGUUAUAUUCAGCGCUCCUGAUCUUAGGUCCAAAUACACAAAUAUCUUAUUCUCUUUAUAAAUUUAUAAGUACACUAUUUGAGUUUGUAGUUGUAAUUACAAGUAACUCUGGUAUACAUUAUAUUGACACCGGCCCCCUUAGAGGGCUGUAUCUGUAAUUUGCAAAGAACACGAUGUUUAGGUAUUUAGAUUUAAAUUCAAGAAGUGUCGAUAUAAUUUAUCCUAUACUUCGGUACAAAUUACCUAAAAUUGCUUCAUCUUCUUGAUUCUUGAAAAUUGAUAAAUAUAUAUUACUAACUCAAUAAUUACCAUAUGAAUGUCUAAUUAAAAAUUAGGUUUGCAGCUGUUAACAGUCUCUAAAUCCUCUACUCCAAUCUCCCAUUUCAUUUUGUAUCUCAUAUAUCAUACAUUCUAGAGAAAAUAUGCAUGCAUUUUUAUUAUGAUUAAUUAUCAUAAUUAAAAAUAAAAAAUUAUAUGAUAUUAAUUAAUUGUGGCUGCACAUUGA